UGUAUCUGUGCUUAAUCUCCAUUUUGUUGAUAUCGUAAGCGUGUCGUUUUGCCGUUUUGUGAAUUAUAAAAAACUUCAUAAAAGUAAUAAUUAUUUUCGUAAAAGUAUGUCGAUAUUUUUUAUAUUACUUGUAUAGAUAUUUCUCCGACCAGUGAGGGCCUAACUUCUAAAUUUUUAACAAAGCUUUCGUGUAUCGUGUAUAUAAGCGUUCAAUAUUAGUAACAAAAUGAGUUCAAGACAUCGAGACCGCAGUCGGUCGCGGUCUCGGGAUCGCCAUAAGGAUCGAGAUAAGAAUAGAGAUCGAGACCGAGAUCGGGAGCGUGACCGCGACCGCGACCGCGAUCGUGACAAGGAUCGCGAACGUGACAGGGACCGCAACCGAGACCGUGACAGAGAUCGUGACAGGGAUAGAGAUCGACACAGAUCGAAAAGGGAUAAAGAGAGAGAGCGCAGCCGCAGCAGGGAGCGGCACAAGGAAAAGAGACGCGCAAGUCGCAGUCGCUCACCAUCCAGCAGCCGCGGCAGAAAAUCUAAAGACAGAGAUGGGACCAUCGCUUUACUAGACCAGAUGGUGGGCACAACCACAAAGGCAACCUCACGGCAGGUGACCACCAACGGCUCAAUCAACCCUGCCACACAGGCUGCCAUACUUGCAGCCGCUGCUGUGGCACAGCGGCGCAUGGCGGCGCCCGUGCAGCCCGCCGCCGCCGCCGCCGCCGCGCUCUCCGCCGCCUCCGCCAUCCCGCCGCCCACCUCGGUGCAGCAGAAGCUGGAGCAGCUGCAGGCGCGCACCGAGUCCCGCUACCGCAGCGACAAGCGCGACGACUACCACCCCGAUGACGACAAGGACGACGGACAAGGUCCGCCCGGGGAGACGGCGGCGGAGCGGCGCGCGCGGCGGCGGCGCACGCGCUGGAUGGGCUCGGAGCACGACAAGACGUUCAUCCCCGGCCUGCCCACCGUGCUGCCCUCCACCCUGACCCGCGAGCAGGAGGAGCAGUACCUACUGCAGCUGCAGAUCGAGGAGGUGUCCCGCAAGCUGCGCUCCGGCGACCUCGGCAUCCCGCCCAACGUCGAAGAGAGGUCCCCCUCCCCGGAGCCGAUCUACUCGACGGACGGCAAGCGGCUGAACACGCGCGAGUACCGCACGCGCCGCAAGCUGGAGGAGGAGCGGCACCGGCUCGUGCAGCGCAUGCACCAGAUCAACCCGGAGUUCAAGCCACCGCCUGACUACAAGCCGCCCAUCAUCCGCGUGCACGACAAGGUGAUGAUCCCGCAGGAGGAGCACCCCGACAUUAACUUUGUCGGCCUGCUCAUAGGACCGCGCGGGAACACGCUUAAAGCGAUGGAGAAGGAGACUGGAGCGAAGAUAAUAAUCCGCGGCAAGGGUUCGGUGAAGGAGGGCAAGGUGGGGCGCAAGGACGGGCAGCCGCUACCCGGCGAGGACGAGCCGCUGCACGCCUACAUCACCGCCACCAACGCCGACUGCGUCAAGAAGGCCGUCGAGAAGAUAAAGGAGGUGAUCCGUCAAGGCGUGGAGGUGCCGGAGGGUCAGAACGACCUGCGGCGCAUGCAGCUGCGCGAGCUGGCCCAGCUCAACGGCACGCUGCGGGAGAACGACGGCCCGCGCUGCGCCAACUGCACCGCCACCGACCACAAGACCUGGAUGUGCCCGGACAAGCCGAACGUGACGAACAGCAUCGUGUGCUCGUCGUGCGGCGGCGCGGGACACAUCGCGCGCGACUGCCGCGCCAAGCGCCCCGGACAGGGCCAGCUGCUGCACCACGCCAACAAGGCUAAGAUCGACGAGGAGUACAUGUCGCUGAUGGCGGAGCUGGGCGAGGCGCCGCCUGGUGGUGCUGGCGGUGGCCUGGGCGGCCUGGGCGCCUCGAGGCGCGGCGGCCUCGGACUCUUCCAGAACUCGCAGACGCCCAGGGCCAUCAUGCCCGCGAAUCUGCCGGCCUCUCUGCCGCCGCCGCCUGGCGCCUUCGCCCCGCCGCCCCCGCCGCACGUGCAGCCCGGCCAGCCUGCGCCCUGGCUCGCGGGCGUGGCCAACAACCAGCCGCCGCCGCCGGGCAGUGCGCCGCUGCCCGCUUUCCCCCCGCUGCCGCCCACACCGCGGCAUCCGAUGCACCAGGGAGACAACCAGAUGGGCGGACCCAACAUGCCGGGCGGGCCGCACAUGCCGCCUCCCCCGGGCAUGAUGGGCAUGGCGUGGCGCGGUCCCUUCGGCCCGCCCUGGGCGCCCCCGCCGCCCGCCUUCCUGGCGCCUCCGCCCCCGCCCCCGCCCGCCUCCUCCUGCUAG